UCAAGCACACAGUAGGCGUACAAUGGCAUCUUCUUCUUCGUCGUCGCCCACGGCGAUCCAGAUACAUCCACUGACCAACGAGGACGACGGCAAGAUAACAGCCGCCGGCACAGCACCGCCAACACCUACCACGGGGCCUGCACCGGCCACGGUCAUGUCGAGCGUCUCGAACUUAGCGCAGCUCCUGCCGACGGGCACGGUGCUGGCUUACCAGGCGCUGUCCCCGUCCUUCACCAACCACGGCAAGUGCGAGACCUCCAACCAAUGGCUCACUGGGGCGCUGGUCGUCGUCCUCACCGUCUCGUGCCUCUUCUUUGCCUUCACCGACAGCGUUGUCGGUCGCCGCGAUGGAAAGCUAUACUAUGGCUUCGCAACACUACGCGGCUUCAACGUGUUCAACUUCUCCAGCGAGGAAGAAAGGAACGAGUGGAACGAUCUUGACCAGUUUCGGAAGCUCCGUCUCCGGCCGCUUGACUUUGUGCAUGCCUUCUUCGCGGCGGUGGUUUUCCUCACGGUGGCGUUUAGCGACGUCGGGCUGCAGAACUGCUUCUUCCCCGAGGCUGGCAGGAACACCGAGGAGCUGCUCAAGAAUCUGCCCAUGGGCAUGGCGUUUCUCUCCAGUUUUGUGUUCAUCAUCUUCCCCACCAAAAGGAAGGGCAUUGGGUUCACUGACAACGCUCCUCGUCAAAAGGUGGUCCAUCCCUUAAAUUAA